UGAAAACAUAUUAAACCGGAGAAAACCAGAGAAAGAAAGCGCAGAUGCUGAGACACGCGAUUAGAGGCCUAAGAAAUUCAAGGAGAUGGAUUUCCUCCAAGAAUUUCACGAGCAGGGUCGGAGUAGAGAGAGCAGUGGCGAGGGAAUCGGUGGACUGCGUGGUGAUUGGGGCGGGGGUGGUCGGAAUCGCAGUGGCCAGGGAGCUGGCGCUCAAGGGCAGAGAAGUCGUGGUCAUCGAAUUCGCCUCCACCUUUGGCACCGGCACCAGUUCUCGCAACAGCGAAGUCAUCCACGCCGGAAUUUACUACCCUCGUAACUCUCUCAAGGCAAUCUUUUGCGUGAGAGGAAGAGAAUUAUUGUACAAGUAUUGCUCUGAACAUGAGGUUCCUCAUAAGCAGAUCGGUAAGCUCAUAGUUGCUACUAGAUCUUCAGAGGUCCCAAAGUUGAAUGAUUUGAUGAUACGGGGAAAUGAAAACGGGGUUGAUGGUCUGAGGAUGCUGGAGGGGUUUGAAGCCAUGGAAAUGGAACCAGAAUUGCAGUGUGUGAGAGCGUUAUUGUCACCCGCCUCUGGGAUUGUUGAUACCCAUUCCCUGAUGUUAUCUCUAGUGGGUGAAGCUGAAAAUCAUAGAACAACCUUCUGUUACAACACAGCUGUUAUUGGUAGCCAUCUUGAAGGAGAUCGCAUUUGCCUUCAUAUUUCUGAAAGCAAGGAUCUUGAAAACUGGGACAGGAGGUUUCCUUUGCACCCAGAGGUUAUACUCAUGGCAAAGCUUGUGGUGAACUCCGCAGGUUUGAGUGCCCCAGCACUAGCAAAGAGAUUUGAUGGCCUAAAUAGUACAGUUAUUCCCGCUCCCCAUUACGCACGAGGUUGCUACUUCGUCUUGUCAAAGAUGAAAACUCCUCCCUUUAAACAUUUGAUAUAUCCUAUUCCGGAGGAUGGUGGACUUGGAGUACAUGUUACCCUGGAUUUGGAUGGCCAGAUCAAAUUUGGUCCAGAUGUUGAAUGGAUCAAUGGCGUAGAUGACAUUUCAAGCUUCCUGAAUAAGUUUGACUACUCUGUAUGCGCCAAACGUGUGGAACGAUUUUAUCCAGAGAUAAGAAAGUACUAUCCUAAUCUGAAGGAUGAUUCUUUAGAGCCUGGUUAUGCAGGGAUCCGGCCGAAACUUUCUGGUGCCCAACAGUCCGCUGUUGAUUUUGUAAUACAGGCAUGUAGAAACACCCAAUCAGCCAUUUCUUCAUUUCUUCCAAACUGGGAGCUCUAUCCUCUCAAUGCUCUCAUCUCUUGCAAGAUACCAGGAAAGUUCUUAGACUUGUCUAUUGUUUUUAUCUUCUCAUGAAGAAAAUAGGGUGUGAUGCACAAGCAGACUUGCUUGUUUUUGUGCAUGUGACAAUAGGGUCCUCCCUUGUUUCUUUUUCUCAUCACUUAAAAUAUAUUUUUUUCAAAUAUUGGAAAUUUUGGGCCUUUGGACUGAUGCCUCAAGGCAUAGAUUACCCCAUUUGAGAUUCUGAGUACACACCAUUGGAGUCUCUUGAAGAUGAGCUCUCCAUUUAUUGUUCGGGAAAACAAGAUCCUGGAAAUGGUAUCUGACAGCACCAUUGCUACUGUUAUGCUUUCAGCAUGAAAUAUGGAUACUCUGUGUGAACAGGUUAAAAUGCAGGCAUUUGACAUUCAUUUUUUUUUUAAAGAAAAAAAUGGAAUGCCAUGUCUUAGGAGAUGGGUUAAAUAUAUUAAACUUACAUAUUUUAGAACAAAAAUUAUUCAAUAAUGUAGCUUGCAAACAUUAAUUGUACUAUUAUUAGUCUAAUCAAACAGCACAGACUCACCUAUUUUCCUUUAUUCUCUUCAGGAUUUCUGUGUCCUCUUGAGAUAUACUCUGUCUAGGAGCUUUCUUUCCAACUGCUGUCUUUUUGUUAUCAAAAAAUCAAAAUUUUCCCUGGACAAAGAUUACAUACUAUAAUUGUUUCAAUUUUCAGUCCAUGUCAAGUUAGUAAACUUGAGCAGCAGCCAUAUUCUACUUGUUACAUUUUGUUCUUCCUAAUAAAUAUUGAACUGACAAAACUUGACUUCAAUUACUGACCCAUUCAUGCAGGGGGAGGACAUUCAUGGGGUUCCUGGUCUUGUAAACCUUUUCGGAAUUGAGUCACCUGGUUUAACUUCAAGCAUGGCAAUUGCAGAACAUA